AUGGCGGUCCUCCUCGUCGGCCUGGCGGUGGCGCACGGCCCCGCCCCGUCGCCGGCCCACACCCCGUCCAAGUCCCCCCCCUCGCCGUCGCCCCAGGCCUCGCCCAAGGCGUCCCCGUCGCCUUCUCCGACGGCCGCGGCGACCACCCCGCCGCCGUCUCCCCACGGCCCAGCCGCCUCUCCCCCCGCCGCCCCCGUCCCCGCCGCCGUCUCCCGGGUCCGAGGCCCAAGCGCCGGUUCCUUCGCCGUCGUCGAUCGCGACGCCGCCGGCCGCGGCGCCAGCUCCGGGGCACAGUGGGGCCGUGAGCGGCAGGCUCGGCUUGGGCUUCGCCGGAGAGAUAUGGACGUGGGACAUAUCAUUACAAAGGCUUGA